AAGAUUGUCUGCACACAGAAAUGGUUGUUAUGGACUUGAGUACUAUCUGUAAAACAGACUGGAUGUGACCCUGUGACCCCUGGUUGCCAGGGAGAGAGCGGUGGGGCCAUGGCUGCUGGGGCUACGGUUGGGGAGAGCCAACUCCAGAGGAUUAUCCGAGAUCUGCAUGAGGCUGUUGCUGAACUUGCAAAGGAAUACAGAGAAAGUGGAGAGCCAAUCACAGAUGACAGUACCAACCUGCACAAAUUCUCCUACAAAUUGGAGUACCUGCUACAGUUUGACCAGAAGGAGAAAACCACAUUUCUUGGUACAAAGAAGGAUUAUUGGGAAUACUUCACAGAAUGUCUGGCUAAAAUCAAAGGAGCCAAUGAUGGAAUUCGCUUUGUCAAAUCCAUCACUGAGCUGAAGACAUCUCUGGGGAAAGGACGAGCAUUUAUCCGUUACUCCCUCGUACAUCAGCGACUGGCUGACACCCUGCAGCAAUGCCUGAUGAACCAGAGAGUCACCAGUGACUGGUACUAUGCAAGAAGCCCCUUCUUGAAGCCACACCUUAGUGUUGACAUAAUCAAUCACCUGUACGAACUCAAUGAGGUCCAGUUUGAUGUGGCUUCCAGAGGUCAUGAUCUGGAUGCCGCAUGGCCUACUUUUGCAAGGAGGACACUGGGAAGUGCAAACUCUCCUGGCCACAUGUGGAAACCACCCAGUCGCAGUUCCAGUAUUAACAGUCUGGCCAGCACCUACUCCCAGCAAGCACAUGAGUUCCCCUCCAGCCCUGACUAUGGUCAGGGUCUCAUGAAUGACCUGAAUGAGUCUCUGCCUACCUGCACCGAAGAUGCCAGCACAGUUGAAAACCUUCGCCUUGAGCUGGACCAGUCGGAGCUGAAGCAGCGAGAGCUCCUAGAUAAGGUGCAGCAACUGGGCGAGGAGGCUGCUGAGCUCAGGAGCGUAGUUGUGCAGCUCCAGAGACAGCUGGACGUCUCCCUCGCUGCCCAGGAGGAGCAACAGGGCUUGCAGGGAGAUCUCAAGGCUCUGAGAGGCAGAGAAGAGACCCUCUCCAAAGAGCUGGAAGCACUCAGGAUGGGUGAAAAAGCCAGGGAGGCCGAACAACAACUGCUUCAGGAAAAGCUGGCAGGUGCUGAGGGGAAGAACAUAGAGCUCCUGGCCAAGUUGGAUGGAGUUCUGAAUGAAAAGGGCCAGCAGGCAGCUAGUCACUUUGAUUCAGCUCAAAAGAUACAUGAGUUACUGGACAGAUUGAAAGAGGCAGAGAGGGGGAAGAUGGAAGCUGUGGCUGAGUUGGAGGAGAAGAAGAGACAGACAGAGAGGCUAGAGGAUGAGCUGAGAGUCAAGGAGGCAGCUGCAAAGCAGGGUGAAACAAAACUCGGAGCGUUAGUUGCAUCCACAUCCGAGGAGAAGACCAAGUUGGAGGCGAAAGUGGAAGAACAGUGCAGUGCUCUUGAUAAACUACAGGGCGCCUUGACAGUGAGAGAGAAGGAGGCGAGCAACCUACAAAUGCAACUGCAGGAUCUCCAAAGAGCUGUAGAGGAGAAGGAGAAAGUGGUGGAAGAGGUGAAGAGGAAGGCACACCAAGAUAAAGAUGAAAUGCAGAAGAAUGCCAGUGGUUUAAAAGAGUCAUUAGAAGCGGAAAUCUCCGCCCUUAAGGGGCAGCUAAGUAAGAAACAGGCAGAGUUUAGCUCCAGCUGCAAGACACUACAACAACUAGAAACCAAGAUCCAGGGCCUGACCACAGAGAGGGAGAAACUGACCACUGACGUUGUUGAGCUGGAGGGUAAUGUCAAAGACCAAGCCACAAAGAUAGAAGACUACAAGACGCAGUGCGCCAAUCUAAUGGAACUGAAUGAAAAACUGCUGACAACGGUGAAGAGAAACGAGGAGCUGAAGAAAGAGAUGGCAGAGAACCGAACCGUACUUGAAGCUGAAUUAGCAUCUUUGAGAGCUUCUGAAAAACAGCUUCGUGGACAGCUGGAUGACACUAAGAUGACAGUGGAUGAAAAAGAGAAGCACUUGCGCGAGGAGAACCGCAAGCUGGAUGAGAGUCUGCAGCGAGUCACCAUGGCUGCAAAGCUCUCAGAGGCCACGUCAAAGCGGCUGGAGCAGGAGAACACGAGUCUGAAGGAGGAGCAGGACACUGUGAAAUCAGCCCUUAGCCGCAUGCAAGCUGACCUGAAGAGUGUUCACGGGCAGAUCGGAGAGUUAGAGAAAAACUUAGGCGCCUCACGCAAGAACGAAGCAAGCCUUCAAGAACAAGUCCAGACCAAAGAGGCCCAGCUGGAAAGUAAAGAGAAGAACCUUGUUGAGCUCCAGUCCAGGUUAAAAGCCCUUGAGGCCAGGGAGAAGGAGCUUGAAAUUGCCAAAGCCGAUGCAGAGGCAACUUGCGCUAAACAGACAGAGUUGAUUGAAAGGGUUUCCUCUGAGAAGCAGGCGAUGGAGAAAUGUCAGCUGGAGAGGAGCGCGGCUCAAGCAAAGGAGAACCAGCAAAUGACGGGCAAACUUGAAGGCCAGUUGGAGGUGAGCAUGAAAGAAGUGUCCAGGCUCCAGGCAGAGAUUCUGGACCUCAGGGUGCGGGUGCAGAGGGCUGAGGAGGAAAAGCUAAAAUCACAAGCACAGCUGGAGGUGACAGAGGCCCAAAGAGAUGAGCUCAGGACUCUGACCGAGCAGCUUAAAGCCCAGACAGAGGCACUGAAUCAAAGGCAUGUAACAGAGCUUAUGGAGUGCAAAAAGAAAGAAGAGGCUAUGAUUGAACAGCGGGAUAGAGAAGUAGCCGCCCAUGCUGAGUUGUCGAUCUCUGGGGCUGCUGUCCGAGAAGAGCUGUCCAACCUCAAGGCAGAAAAUGCCAGGCUAGCCUCAGAGAACAGGGAGACGCGUGAUAGUCUACACAGGGCCAACACAGAGAUGGCAGAGCUUGGCAUAAACAUCUGUAAGCUAAGUGCAGAAAAGGAGGAGGCUAGAGAGCAUUGGUCAGGAGACGCUGCCAGGAUUGAAGAGAUGGAGAAAGAGGUGGAGCGACUGGAAGAGAACAUGGCAGAACUACGGCUAGAGAAUAGCAAACUAAGAGAGGAGCUGACACAGAAGGAGAGACUUCCAGAGACUGUCAUGGAGCUCCAGGAGCAGCUGGACAAGGCCAGGGACAAAAUGCAGAGUGUCAAGGACACGAGCCGAGAGGAGGUGGAGGCCGCCAAGUUCCAAAUGAGCUCGGAGAGCAUGAAUCAUCAGGGCCAGAUGAAGAGUGUGAAUGAGCAGCUGGACAAGAUGAAAGCACAGCUGCAAGAGGCGCUAAACAAUGUGUCCAGCUUGCAGGCCAGAGUGUCUGAACUAGAGGCUGUGAAUGAGCAGUACUUGCAGCUAAAUGGCGAGAAAGAUGCUCACAUCACAAAGACAGAAACAACAAUUCGUGAGAGUGAGAGCGAGAUUCAGCAACUGAGAAAUGCAUUAACCAGUGCUGAAGAAGAACUCUCUGCUGUGCAAAAAGUCUGCGAGGAAUUGAAGCAGAAACUCAACACAACAGAAGCUGACAAACAAAGCCAGUCUCUGAAGAUGACUGCAGAGAUCGAUGACCUCAACAGAACUAAGACCAACCUUGAAGAGCGACUGAUCGAGCUUAUAAGGGAUAAAGAUGCUCUGUGGCAGAAGUCAGAUGCUCUGGAGUUUGAGCAGAAACUGCGAGCGGAGGAACGCUGGUGGUUAGUGGAUAAGGAAGCCACCAACUGCCUCGGCUGCCAGGGCCAGUUCACCUGGUGGCUGCGCAGACAUCACUGCAGGCUCUGUGGCCGCAUCUUCUGCUACUACUGCAGCAACAACUUUGUGAUGACCAAGCACAGUGGGAAGAAGGAGCGCUGCUGCAGGGACUGUUACACUCAGCACAGUGCGGUGGUGGAGAGGUUCACAGAGGCAGAGCUCAGUCCUUCAGACACUCAGCCUCCUCCACCAGGAGCUGGACCUCAUCCACCUCCUGAACCAGCGCCGUAUAAACCCAUUCCCAGGGUAACAGUUUCUGACCCCAGCAACAGAUCUGAUGACGGAGCUUAUGACAUAAUCACAGAGGAGGAAGUGAAUGGCGUCUAUGACAGUGACACCACCUCCCAAACAACAGGAGGUUCCCUGGAAGGAGAACAAGACCGAAGGCCUCCUGGAGCACUGGAUAUAGGCACAGGAGACGUGACCCCAGAUGACCCAGAAGAGCAUGUCCCCACUGUUCAGGAUUCAGAAAUCAACCUUCUCAGAUCAGGAGAAGUCACGAUGGCUGUCCCCCUCAGCAUUGACGAUAUUUCUCAGUUUGGUGACGGCUCCAGGGAACUCUUCAUCAAGUCCAGCUGUUACAGUGUGAUAUCCGUCACAGUGGGUGACAGUGGGCCAACCAUCAGCUGGAUGUUUUCCUCAGAGCCUAAGAGCAUCUCCUUCAGUGUGGUUUACAGGGAGUCCACUGACACUCAUGUGGAUCAAUCAAAGGUCCUGAUUCCUCUGACUCGCUGCAAUUCCCAUAAAGAGACAAUUCAGGGUCAACUGAAAGUCCGUAACCCCGGUCUCUACACUCUCAUCUUUGACAACUCCUUCUCACGGUUUAUCUCCAAAAAAGUCUUCUACCAUCUGACCAUGGAGAGGCCCAUAAUCUAUGAUGGAAGCGACUUUCCCUGAAGCCAAACAACUCUCACAGUGGCGUCAGCACGAUGUCACUGUGGCAGCUAAAUGGACACUGAAGACAUGGCAAAGUCAAUGACUGUUUCUAAUUAAUUGGCCGUUUUUUUCUUUUUGCUCUUAAAAUCCCAAAACCUGUUUUAUCCCAAGUAUUUUAUGUUUUUAAAAAUGUUUCUUUAUUAUUUAAGUCGGUGGUUUUAAUGUUUUGAGGUGUGCUCAAGUUUUAACUGUGGCAGAAGUGAAGUGUUGUCAUCAAGAUGAAGUUUUAGUUUUAGAAAGAAACAGAAAGUUUAUGAAAGCUUUUUUUUUUGUAAACAUACACCAAGUAGUAUACGUACUUUAAGUUCAGUUGGGUUUAAAUGAGUCAGUUCUUUAGUUUUAGAAAUAGUGUGGUUUUUGUUAUUUCUUUCUUUAAUUUUUGUUGGUCUUAGUUUUGCUUUGGCCUCUCUUUCCCCAAAUAUGCUGUUAAGUAAGGGAAUGCAGAUCACUGCAAAAAACACUAGCAUUAUGGAAUAUGAAAAGACUGUUGUAAUACCAUAAGUAUUUAUUUGCAAAAGUUGUAUGUAGGUAGACCCAGGAAAUCUUUUUAAAAAUGUACUAAAUAAUGGUCAGUUGUGCAAUCCUUUGAAACAAAGCUUUCAAAGCAGAAAAGUGCAGACAGUAAUUUCCUCCUGGCUUGUUUAUUAAUUGACUCGUCUGAACACUAUGUUUGAAGAAAAAGCAGCAACCAGAAACAGGCCUGGGAAAAUACUGUUACUGUUUGAUAUCAAAGAACACGAACUGUGUGCAAAUCUCAGGAGUGGGACUUAAAAUUGCCCCCUAGUGCUCUAAUUUUAAUGUUUUCGAAAAAAAAUCAAAUCAAGUAAAGAAAAACUCAUCAUCUUUCUUUCUGUGCAAGGAGACUACAACCCAGCUUUUUCUGUCCAGUUUAUAGGAUAUAAUGAGGCAGAGUGUCUAGUGUAUCUACACAUGCUGACUUGUGUCAUUACAAUGACAUUUACUUCAAGUAUAUUAUUGACUUUCCGCUUAUAAUUACUCUCAAAGUGCCUAUUAACUCUGAUUGCCAGGUAUUAAUUUGCUUUUGUAUCUGAAUAUUUGUUAUCCGCACACAAAGUGACACUUGGUGAAUUGAUUCUAUUCUGUAAAAGCUUAAUGACAUUUAAAUAUCAAUAUGCACAAUAUAUUUUCUUUCAGUUUGUUAUUUUAAAUGAUUUGAAUCUCUGGAAUCUUUUCGUGCUAUGUUUAGAUACUGUAACCCUCUGCACUGUGCUCAAAAAGGUUUCAGUAUUGUGUGCGUUAAAUGUUUUUUUUUUUUUUUCACAGCACAGCAAUAAGGAAAAAAACGGGCUUGCUUACAUUUGGUGCUUACUAAGGGCUUAUCUCUGCUGCUUUCAUGGAGAUCUGUUUGCAGUCAUAUUUUUGAUGGGUGUAAAUUGGUGCAAUUUCUAUGCAAAGGCUCAUAUUUUCUCUACAGAGCUGCACUUUUUGAUAAUUAUUUUAUAAAUUGUUGCAAACAAUAUAAAAUCUGUUAAGUUUACAUUAUCUUUGUCAAAGUUUUCACGCAGGGACAGAUUUUUCUACUUGCUGUUUUUGAAGGAUAAUUUUGGAGUAGAAUGUGCAUGAAUCAUGGCUUCAGGCACUCAGUGUAACUAGUAAUAGACCUGUCAAACACCCAGUAAACAUGAAUAAAACAUGAGAGUGAUGAUGCCUCCAACAUUCA